CGCAAUCCAAUUUUUCGCAACGAUCAGCAAUAGAAUCCUAUAUGUUCGAAGCUAGUUCCCUACAUGAUUCAUACAUGGGCGCUGAUAUCGAGACCUUACACUUGUGAAAGGUAUUUGUCAUUGAUAAUGAUAGACACAACAGCCUAAUGUUCUAUAUGAGGUCACAUGUGCACGGGUUAUCAACAUGAUAUGUGUGGACUUUGUACAUCCAAACCAUACCCUGGGUCCGUGUUCCAGUCACAUUGAUCUGUGCCGCCCACAUAUAUCUGCAUCUCCCUUGACUCAUGAAAGCCAAUUCGAUCGUGUCUAUGUCUGUAUGUCAGGGUGAUGCGACCACAGAUCCCUUUUACAGGAAGGAACAAUGUCUGACUCUCUCUCAUCGUCACAUGUCCAAAGUUAUCUCACAGAGUGUCCAGUAUGUUCUGAACAAUUUGAUGAUGCCGCGCGCCUUCCCCGCCGUAUGUCGUGUUGUGUACAGUGUAUCUGUCAGCCAUGUUUACAGCAGAUCUACAAUGAAGAAGACAAGACGUUGCUCUGCCCUGUCAGUCACCACAAGCACGAACUUCAUAAUGGAGUUACCUCUCUUCCGACUGAGCCUAUCACAUCGAAGAUACUAGACUACCAGAAAAUCCAAAGAAAUGAGCGGGUGGUAUGUACAGAUUGCCCAAGCAGCAACGAGGCAAUAGCACGUUGUGAAGAAUGCUGUGUAUUUUUAUGCAAGGAAUGCAGGAUAACCCAUGAUCAACACAGAUUGUCACGACAUCACAGAACUCAUACAUUUGAGGAGAUUAAAGGUCAGCCGAUCCAGGCCUUGAGACGACUGCACGAAUGCGGCCAUCACCCACAGCGUCAGGAAUACUUCUGCAAUACCUGCGAGAAGAUCAUAUGUGUUUCCUGCACUGUAGAGGAGCAUCGAGAAGGAGCGGGACACAUGUUUGUACCUGUGGAUAAAGCACACCAAGAAAAAUCAAUACAUGUUGAUAACAUGUUAAAUCAACUUGACGAAAAGGCUGUAGAACUGAGUCAAACAGAACAAGAAUUGUUACACAAAGUCGACAACAUGCACGUGUCAGCACUUGCAGCGAGACAGGACAUCAACAAAUGCUUUGAGAAGAUGUUAGAGGAGUUGCAACAAAGGAAAGCAACUCUUUUGUCAGACGUUGAGGAGAGAACCGGCGCUGAUGUAAAGCUGACCGAAGAGAUCCUCCAGUCAACCAGAGAGCUGCUGGCGAAGGUGAGAUCCUCAACAGAGUACAUUAGACAGAUGAGAAGCAUGGCAGAUAACAUCGAGGAUCUUCAUCUGAUGCUUUCCUCUACACCCUCACUGAAUGGCAUACUAGCUGAGGAGCCAAAGAAAGUGGAAUUUGUAAGCAGGGGAACAUCCUUUGUCCCAGCCAAUCUGAAUAAUCUCGCGUCCACUAUCAAGGUGACAGGCAUGGUCAGGUCUGUCACAUACACGCCAACCCAGAGGCCAAAAUAUGUACCACAGAAGACGAUAUAUAACACCAUCACACUGGAGCCAGCUGAGGUACCUGCAGUGUGUGAUGGUGACAUGGUUCUAUCGAAGGUAGACACAAUGGUUACAACAUGUACACAUCUGGAGUGGGACUCAACCGUUGCUAAUCGUGACGUGACUGUAGAAGGGACUACGAUCUCUAAUGCCAGGCCGGAUGUCUCGCCAAAUGACACAGGCUGUAGGAUACAAUCCCAGAGAUGUGUCAUGGCAUCGAAACCUCUGAUCAUGAAGACUCGUCGCAUUGACAUGUUCCAGGUGAAGUCUCGAUUCAGCCUACGACAGAAGGCAGAAAGGAAUACGAUGCUAUUUGAAACAGCUCUUACCCCUUCACCAUUAGAUUCCGAUUGGAAUCAGUUGUUGGGGUUCAGUGUAAGUAUUGUUGCAUGUCCUAAUCACAAAACGAAGCUGUGUGUCUGGGUGAGGUAUGGGAAACUUGUCACUGACCUGCCACUCUUCAAGAAUGAAGUUGGCAUGUCCUGUGAGUUGCACUGGAAUUUUCUUCUUGAUGGCAACACACAGAAAAUACAUGUCAUUAAUGUUGGGGAUGGGAACACGUUCAGCACUGUGUCGAAUGUUCUACUCAACACGCCACUGUGGGUCUUGAUGUACGUUUCUCUACCAUCUACAUCAGAGAUGACAGGGGAACUAAUAUCAGGCCACAACAUUGACAAGAAGGGUCACAUGUUUGAACUGUGAGUCAGUUAAUAUUUAUCGUGGCAAUACCUUCACGGUAUAGCGACGGAUUAUACGCAGUAUAUCAAGUCUCAUACUGUAACAUCUUAAAUUGAAAUUAUUUUAUCAGAAAAAUUUGAUGUUGUGUAUAACAUAUGUUUAUAUUUAUACAAAGUCCAAAACUAAGAGAAACUUAUAUAGAUUACUUCAUUGGCAUGCGUAGUUCAUGCAACCAAACAUUGUCUGUAUUAUGGGCCUAUGGCCUUUCUACUGAAUAUACAGUCUGUCUCUGUCUGUAAAGCCAAAAUAUUUAGACAAAAAUAUGAAAUGUCUCUCAACAACUUACUAUAAUACAUGUAGGUCUAUGUAAAGUCUAAAUUACUAACACAUGUUCUAAUUAUUUGUAUACUGUACAAAUGAUGUACUAUCUGAAUGAGACAUGUGAACCAUUUGUAUAAGGAAUUUCGGCACCCUCUAACUAACCAGCGGGGCCACGGGUGGCCCAGUCGUCUGAGGCGCCGCGAUUCGCUGUGCAGAGCUGCGUCCCUUGGGCACGCCAGAAACCUAUGAGUGUGGGUUCGAAUCCCGG